AUGGUCCAUAUCUACAUGAUGCUGUUCUUUAUUCCCGUUCUGACUGAUGAUACCUUAGCUUUCAGGCCAUGGCUCGUCGAGCUGGGCCCGGACAAGGCUGGACAGGAGCUUCGCAAGAGUAUAGAAUCAUUGGAGUCAUUCACCCAUGCUCUGCUGUCAAGAGAGCACGAGAGAGAGGUCGCAUCCUCCGACCUCACAGACGUGAUGCAGUGGAUACCAUGGUUGAUCACUUCCCCUGCUGACAACGAGACGCCCGACGAGUAUGUCGAGCGCGUUCAGAUGUGCUAUGGCGCCAAGUCGAACGUGUGCGGAAGGAUCUGGGGCAAGGGCUACGUUGCCUACCGCUGCAGGACAUGCGGCAUGAGCCCUUGCUCGGCGAUCUGCCAUGAGUGCUUCGAGAAGGGUGCGCACAGAAACCAUAACUUCCUAAUGUACAGGUCAGUCGCUGGCGGCUGCUGCGACUGUGGAGACCCAGGGGCCUGGAAAUCGACGGGGUUCUGCUCCAUGCACACGGGACCUGCCAUGCCGUUCCACAUCCCGAUGCCAACAGACGAGGUAAGGAGCGCGUACCAUGUCCUCAAAGUCCUCCUCCAGUACCUGGCGAACCGGAUGGCGGAGAGCCACGACUUCUGGAGGAAGGAUCCGAUAGAGAGCUACCGGCAGCCCCUCCCGCAGACGUGCAGGGAGAUGUUCCACUUCGUUCAGAACCUCUGCCGUACUGGCAACGUCUACCGCAGAAUCGUGUGCGCAGCUGCCCUUGAAGACAUCGGUUUGAUCAACCCGAACUUGCGGGCCUCGGACUCGCCGAUGGAGGGUGUGAGCUGCGACGGUGACAUGGCAGGACGAAGUGAUAGCAACCGAGAGCUGAGAGCGCCGGGGGGGCACACGGGGUCGAGGAGCGGUCUAGUUCAGCAGUUCUUCAACUGCCAGACUGGCAGGAACUACGACUUUUUCAUCUCCCAAGACACCAAGACUGUAUUUUUCCAUCUCACAAACGAGCCUGAUCACAGCUUUCCUCUUUCUAUCCUGGAAUCUCUCGUUCUCACCGGGUCUUACCUGUCAGUUGAGAUGUCGACCCUGUUCCUCCAGAUGCUGUUCGAUUUCGACUUCAAGCAGCGAUUCACCCGAAUCUUCAUCAAGCUGUACAAACGGUUCAUGUACACGAUCUUGAAGCACACAAGGGAGCUCCCCAAUGACAAGAAGGAGAUACCUACGAGGAUGGUUGACAUCAGCGUCCAACUUUUCAGCAACUCGAUCCUUACGAUCCAGAUGAUCCAAGAGGAGUCACUGCUCAGUACUCUAUUCCAGAACAUCCUCUACCUGGUCGAUGAGCAGAAGAACGUCUUGAAGGGGGAGACGAUCGACUGCGAGCAUGACAUCUGGACCAAACGCACCUAUUGGCCCAUCACCAACGACCUUGUCAAUAUCCUGUCGCACAGGAGCGUCGUCUUGGAGUUCUUGCAGAACGAGCACCUCAUCAACGAAUGGCUGGACGUCACGAAGCAGUUUCAGAGCAUCGACCUUCACUUCCGAUCGGUGAACGUGCUGGUGGAGCAAGAGUCUCGAGCGUGGACCAGCCCGUUCUUCAUCGAGCUCGAGCUCGUGAUGGAGCAACUGAGCCUUAUCGACACGGGAGUCAAAGACCUGAUGGCCCAGGAAGACAUGACGGACGAUCCGUCGCAGGACGGCAUCGACCGGGAGAAGAUGCUGAGGUCGCUGAGGGCGACUCUCAAGGCUGGUGUGCAGGCAUGCAAGCUGUGGUUCAUGGAGAGCGAGGUCGGGGAUGCUAACUACAAAUUCCCGAUGAUGUUCGACGUGUCCAAGGAGGCCGUCUCCUUCCACAUCCCCAUCCAUCGCUUCGUCGCGUUCUUCGUGUCCCAGAUCUGUCGAUAUUCCGAUCGUCCCCUGAGGGAGGUGCUGGACAUCGAGGACCUGAACAGCUUCAUGAGCAAGUUCAUAGAGCACCCGCUGCGCAUUCAGGUCCUGCUGGCUCAGAUCCGAGCUGGUAUGUGGCGAUGGAACGGGGAGAACAUGCACAGGAGAGGAUGGAUCUACAGAUCGAACUACUUCUACGACCUCGGCUUCGACCUCGACCUCUUCAUCCUUCAGUGCUCGGCCGCACUCACUGACCCCGACGAGCUGCUCGCCAUCAUCCUGGAUCGUUUCGGGCUGAUGGAGUACUUCGGUUUCAAGGAUCCCAGGAGGGAGGACGAGGACGAGGACGAGGACGAGGAUGAGGACAUGAUGGACAUCCCAGUCUCAGCCAGCACGUCGAUCUCCGAGGACUGCCUCAUCAUCAUCGCAGCGAUCUUGUCCGAGAGGGCGAGGCUGGGCCUGUCGGACCGCGACUGCAUCCACCAGGAGAUCACGGCCCGUCUGUGCGUGAAGCCGCACUCGCACAGCCAGCUGACAGACUCCAUCUGUCGGAGGUGGCACGAGCAUGAAGACUUUGAAUCCGUGCUGAACCAGGCGUCUCACUACGAGGAGCCGAAGUCAGAGAAGAUGGAGCAGGGUAAGUACCGUCUCAAGGUUGACGACUCCUUCCGCUACGACUCCUUCCUCGUCCACGUGCUCGUCCGCAGCUUCAACCAUGGCGACUACGAGGCAGCGCUGGAGCAGGCCAAGAUGGACGAGAAGAGUCGAACCCCCAGCGACCAGCCAGCUCAUGGCGAAAAGCGCAAACUGCUGAUGCACCUGCCCGACACGUUCAAAGGGAUCUACCGGCUGCUGCAUUCCCCAGUCCUCCAUCACGUCCUGCACCGGGUGCUGCUGAGGGCAGUCAGGCAAAGAAGCGUCUACUCGACGUCCAUUCAAGUCAACAUGACGCUCUGGCUCAUCCAAGCUGCUCUCGAGCAUCAGCUGGAGCAGAGGCAGGAAGGGCUGCGGGAGGUGGAGGAGGAGGCGGGUGGUGCACUGUUGCAGGACUGGGGCUGCGUGUUCCAUCGGCAUGACUUCCUCGAGAAUUUUGACAAGGUCAUCUCAGUCAAAAUUCGAGACGAGGAGGCGCAUGAGGAGAGCAAGGAGGAGGAGUGUGAAUACAGCAUCUACACCCUCCUCUGCGAGCUCCAGAAGACUGACCUCGGGCAAGACACGCACCCCUCAGUCUCCAACGUCCUAUCCCUGUACAGGAGUCUUACAAAGGCUGACGGGGGGGGAGAGCAGUUGGAGCAGCAGCAGCAGCAGCAGCAGGCGGCGGCGGAACGGGGAGCUUCAGGCUCCCCGUCCAAGGUUUCGCUGCAGCAGGCCAAGGAGCGUCAGGCUGCCCUGCUUAAGAGCUUUGCGGAGCAGCAGAAGAUGUUUGCAGCUGCGAUGCCGAUCGUGUCGGACUCGGAGGAGGAGGACAACGAAGACGACAAGGUCAAGUGCGUGAUCUGCUCGCUGUACGCCAGCCCCUCCACCAGCGAGCCCGUCGGGCUGGUCUGCUUCAUGGAAAACUCCAACGUAUUUGCCAAGCACCACAGGAGGGCGCGGGAAAAAUUCUUCGGCGGGCGGCUGCAAGGAGGAGGAGCGGAGGUAGCAACGAACAUGCAGGUACACAGCAGCCCCAAUCUUUUCUUCCAGUCCUGCGGCCACUACAUACACGUGUCGUGCUUCAACAGCUACCUCGACAGCCUCUCCCACCCCGAGAAGAACGCUUCCCUGCUCACUAGGACGAAUUUGGGCUACCAGGAGGCGAAGAACGGCAACUUCUUCUGCCCCCUCUGCCGUCAGAUGGCGAACGCGCUGGUGCCGCUCAUCCCGUCCCGGCACAGGAACGACAGCAACGAGCAAGUGCAGCAAGCGAUGCCGAGUCUGAUCAACACGAUCGUCGAGGGGUACAAGAGGGACGGGAGGGAGAAGUUCUCCCUGCUCCACCUCAAGAAGCGCGUCCUCUCCCCCGUCCAGCUCGAGCACGGGGCCCUGCUAGCGCAAUCCAUCUCCUCCUUCCUGGAGCGCCUUGAGGUGGUCAAGGACGUGGGCAGCGCGUCGAGCGGGCACGGGGAGAGCGGGGCGCUGGGGAACCUGAUCAAGGGGCUGGGGACGACCAUCUGCUGUAUGGAGCUAAACUCGAGAGAGUUCUUCAGCGGGCAGGGAGGAGCAGCGAGUCAGAAGCUGCCGGCGGUGGGGAAGGCGCUGCACAACCUGCGGGAGAUUCAUGUGCUCGCGCGACAUGAGCAGGCGAGGAGGAGGAGGAGGAGCCUGGACGAGCCCUUCCUCCGUCUAUUUGGCUUGCAGAGCUCUCCAGCAGCCGACGGAGCUGCCGCAGGGGCGGCGGCGGCGGCGGCAGCAGCAGCAGCAGCAGCUGGGCCCCAGGACGCCCCCUUCCUGUCUCUGCACAUGUUCUCGGUGCUGCUGCAGGUGUACUACUCGCUGAACGUGGAGGAGUUGGAGCAGCACCUGGCGAUCCUCCACCUGAUCUUCAGCGCGCAUGUCGUUCAGGUCAGCCUCUCCUACCUCUUCAAGAACCCUCCACACGAGCUCCAGAGCGAGUCUGACAUGACCGACGAGUCCCAGUGCCACAUCCUUCAGCUCGUGUACCAGCUCCACUGCCAGCUGGGGCUGGACAGGAUCUUCGCCGAGAUGCGCAGCGGGGGCGAGCGGGAGGGCCGGAGGCUCCACUUCCUCUCCGGGGAGGAGGAGAACAGGAUCCACGGGCCAGGGUUCCGAGACUUCUACAUCGACUCCUCCCUCCCCCUCCUCCGCAGCGCUCAUCUCCUCCACUGUCUAUACUUCGGCGAUCCGCUGCUCCCCAAGGACUUCAACGCCGAGACAGACGUCAAGAACCUGCUGGAAAGUCUUCACCUCCCCUUGCAGCAGGGGACCAUGUUCCCUCUCCUCUACUCCCUCACGGAGCAGCUCGUUGGCCAGUGGAUGCAGGACCUGUCCCUCAUCGCCCAGCCCUCUGCCUGA